AUGGUAGAGCGCUCGCUUAGCAUGCGAGAGAAAGCCAUUAACGAUGGAGAUGCGGGGUAUCGAUCCCCGUACCUCUCGCAUGCUAAGCGAGCGCUCUACCAUCUGAGCUACAUCCCCUUUGGCAGAUACCAAUUCACCAUGCUUGCCGCGAAGCGACUGCUUCAAAAAGCCGUCCAACACCACAACCACAACCACCACCACCACCAGAAUAAUGGGGAACGCGGCAGCUUGACAUCGGCAGACUUGGAUUUGCAAAUUGUUAUGCACUAUGGGAUUCCGUCUACGGCAUCACUUCUUGCUUUUGAUCCCAUUCAGAGCCUUUUGGCCAUUGCCACACUGGAUGGGAGAAUUAAAGUGAUUGGUGGUGAUGGUAUCGAAGCACUCUUUACAUCCCCGAAGCAAUUGCCGUACAAGAACAUAGAGAAAUUUAUGCUUGGUGUCAUUUGGCAGUUUCUACAAAACCAGGGCAUCUUGAUCAGCAUUUCAGUUGAGAAUGAUAUUCAGAUGAGUAUGGAAAUGAUUACUGGAACAAUGCUGCAUAGGUAUAUUGGAGAAGAACAUGGUUCAAUGUCCGUAGUGAAGUAUGAUUAUGAAGAUGCUAAGCUUUUACAGUUGCCUUAUCAUAUAACUGCAAACUCUUUAAAGGAAGCAGCUGGAUUUCUGUCUCCUGAUCACCAACCUAUUGUUGGAGUUCUUCCUCAACCUUGUUCUUCUGGAAAUAGGCAAGACAUAAGUCGGAUCCUUUUUGUUGGAGGUGACAAGGAUCUCCAACUGAAGGAUGAUUCUAGAAAUGACACUAACAUUCCAGAAGAUACAUCUUAUCAUCAUUUACAAGAGAAAGAGAUAACUGCUCUAAGCUGGGCAUCUUCCAAUGGGUCCAUUCUUGCAGUGGGAUAUGUGGAUGGGGAUAUCUUGUUUUGGAAAACAUCAACUGCUUCUUCCACUAGAAGUCAACAAAAUGAAUUGUCAAACAGCAAUAUUGUUAAGCUACAAUUAUCAUCAGCUGAAAAGAGGCUCCCUAUUAUUGCCUUACACUGGUCCACAAGUGAUCGACCUAGUAGUGAUGGUAAUGGCCGAUUGUUUAUCUAUGGUGGUGAUGAAAUAGGAUCUGAAGAAGUUCUAACGGUGUUGACUUUGGAAUGGUCAUCUAGGAUGGAGACAGUGAGAUGCACUGGUCGCGUGGAUAUCACCCUUGCUGGCUCCUUUGCGGACAUGAUUUUGUUACCAAGUUCUGGACCAACAGAGGGUAAUCAUAAAGCUGCUCUUGCUGUAUUGACAAAUCCUGGAGAACUUCGUCUUUUUGAUGAUGCUAGCUUGUCUGCCUUACUGUGUCAGCAAAAGAGUAAAUCAUCUGUCUUAGCUAUGGAAUUUCCCCGGUAG